GAUUCAUUAUGGCGCAGCCUGCAAGAUAUAAAAUAUCAUGGACUCUGGUUUCAAAUAACUUUAAAACAAAUAAUUAAAGCAUGACAGAUGGAUGGACAAUACAAAACUAUUUGCGGCUUUUCCCCUUUCGGGAGAAGCUAAAAACUACAUCUGUAAAUUGUAUAAGCAUUAAUACAAUAAUGUAGUUUGAUCGACCAGUAUAAAGUGACUAGAUUUGAGGACCUAUUAUUGAGAUGUCGGCAGACUCCGGAGAGGAUCCUCCUUCUGAGGUGGAACAGCUACCUGAAGCUUAUGGCUGGAAAAUAUUUAUGUUUCCUGGAAUCAAAGACCACGUCGCCCACGUGGAGGCCACUCGGAAACUUUCCAUCAGAGACGACGAUGUGCUAGUAGCGGCGUAUCCCAAAUGUGGAACUCACUGGCUAUGGGAGGUAACUCAAAUGCUGCUUCGGCAGACGACAGAUUACGAGAAAAGAACCAAAGAACAAGUCAUGCUUGAAUCUCCUGGCGGGCUGGAAAGAGCUGAACAGGAGCCAUCACCUAGAAUUUUAAACUCCCAUAAUCCUUUUGUACAUCUGCCUCAAGAAAUUAUUUCCAAGAAGACAAAGAUCAUUCAUGUCAUCAGAAAUCCUAAAGACGCCGCGGUUUCCAACUACUGGCAUUUAAAGAACAUACACAAUGUUCAAGAUCUUCAAUUCCAACAACACUUGAACGUGAUGAUGGGAAAGUCACAGCUGCCAACUCAGUUUGACUACUUACAGCAGAUGUCAGAGUUUGAACGAACACAUCCAGGUCAUCCAAUCAAACACGUUUACUAUGAGGACAUGAAGAAGGAACCCAUUAAGAUAAUCAAAGAAUUGGCUCAGUUUCUCAAUGUACCAGCCAGUGAUGAGUUUUGUCAAGAUGUCGCCAACGCUUGCAGCUUUGAAAAAUUGAAGAAACUUGAGGAGGCUGGCGCCAAGAAUUUCCCAACGGAAUUCGCCCAUGUGCUCAAUGAAUUAGGCGGGAAAAUGCAUUUUUAUAGGAAAGGAAUCAUCGGAGAUUGGAAAAAUAUGUUCACAGUAGCACAGAAUGAAAUAUUUGACGCCUACAUCGAUUCUUGUAUUAAAAACAAGGGACUGAACUACACUUUUAUUUAUGAAUGAAAACAUACGAUGCAAACAAGGGACUGAACUACACUUUUAUUUAUGAAUGAAAACAUACGAUGCAAACAAGGGAAUGAACUCCAAUUUUAUUUAUGAAUACCAUGAAUUUACAUACCAUGCAAACAAGGGAGUAAACUACAUUUCUAUUUAUAAAUAAAAACACACGAUGCUGGAGCAAUCAAAUUGUUUUAAAUGACUGCUCAAAAUAAAAAACAGUUAACGAAUGA